CGGCCCAGCGAUAACCAGGCGGAGUCUUUCCUCCGUAGCAAGCUCCGUAUCCCUGCGCCUACUAAGCUUGACCUAUGGGCGCUCCCUGACCCCCCUGCAGGAGAGCCACCAUCACAUCCUUACAGAGUACUAAACUGCCUUGCAAUAUGGGGCAGCCCGCAGAGGCGGCUUCAGCUACGGGAGAUUCGGCAGGCCUUGAUGGACCGGUUCGAUUGGUACAGGGAGCAUCCA